UUGGAAAAAUGUGUGAUGAAAAAUAAGAGACUUCGAACAGUUUAUUUCCACAAUUUUUCCCGAUUUGAUGGAAUUUUAAUUCUUAGGUAUUAUGCUGAGCGUGGUAAAAAGUAUAAAAUCAAACCCUUGGUGAGGAAUCAUAAACUUUACGAGCUGAAAGUCUAUAUUAACGAUAAAUUCUUAUUACGUUUUAGAGAUUCUUGCACAUUGCUGCCUAGCUCUCUUGCAUCAUUGGGAAGGACAUUAUGCCCUGAAUUAGGUCCCAAAGGUUCUAUCCCGCAUGAGGAUUUGGAUGUGUCUGAUCUUCGGGCUAAGAGUGAGGAUUUGAUAAACUAUCUUCGACAAGAUAUCCUUAUCUUAGGUGGUGUGAUGUUGAAGGCUCAAGAAAUUAAUUGGUCUAAGUAUCAGAUUGAUAUUGAGGGUGUGAUGACAGUGUCAGCGCUAUCCCUGAAAAUCUUUCGUAAGAAAUAUUUUGAUGAUAAUAUCUUUCAUAUAAAUAUACCAACUCAGAACCAAGACACUUUUAUUAGGCGAGGCUAUUAUGGGGGUCAUGUGGAUGUAUAUAAACCCUAUGGUGAGAAUCUUUACUACUACGAUGUUAACUCUUUAUAUCCUUAUAUUAUGAAAUCCUAUCCGAUGCCUUGUGGCGUACCUGUCUGGCAUAAUAAUUUGGAAUGCCAGGAUUUAGAUAACUUGUUUGGAUUUAUUGAGGCCUAUGUUGUAUGUCCUGCUAGUAUAUCACAUCCAUUCUUGCCAUAUAAGGAUAAAUUUGGUACUUUAAUCUUUCCUACAGGUAAAUUCAUUGGAAUCUUUUAUAGUGAAGAGUUGAAGUUCGCACGUGAUUUAGGUUACCAUAUAAUUCCUCUUAGGGGGUAUUUGUUUGAGGCGAUGUCAAGUCCUUUCGAAGGGAUCAUUUCUGACCUCUAUGAAAGCAGACUCGAAGCUAAGAAAAGAGGUGAUGAGCCUAUGACAUUUAUUUAUAAGAUUUUAAUGAAUUCGCUCUAUGGUAGAUUUGGUAUGAAUCCUGAAAGUACAGUAACCGAGAUCUGCAAUCAAAAAAGAUACGAGGAAUUGAUGAAGAUGGAUAAUUUUCAAUCAGCUGAAAUGCUUACUGAAAAUUACUAUAUUGUCAAUUACAUUACCAAUAGUAGCUUUGCAGAAGACGAUAACUGGAAAGCUCCUAAGAUGUCGGCGGUUCAAUUAGCAGCUGCUGUAACUGCUUGUGCUCGUAUUCAUAUGUAUCCAUACAUUUCCAGACCUGACUGUUAUUAUACUGAUACUGACUCAGUAGUUCUAGGAUGUCCUCUUUCUGACGAUUUAAUCUCAUCCAUGGAAAUGGGGAAGUUUAAACUCGAAUACUUUGUCAAGAAAGGAAUCUUUUUAGCACCAAAAAGUUAUAUGUUAGAAACAGUUGACGAACAACAUGUUAUUAGACACAAGGGCCCUGCUAAAGAUUUAGUAACAUCUGAAUGGUUUAAAAAGCAAUUAGCUGAUCCAUCUCUAACGGAGCUGAUCCCCACUCAUGUAAAUUUCAGAAUAGAUUGGAAAAAAUUCCAGAUUGGAAAAAAAGAUAUUCUCAUCAAACUAGGACUACCACAGAGUACGAAAAGAGAGAAUGUCUAUGAUUCAGAAAAUGUUUGGAUAGAAACACGACCUAUAAAUGUAAUUGACCUAGGAAGUAAAGAUGCUACUACUAUAUUGAAAUAUGAGCUAUUGAGGUUAUCAGUCAGUCAGUCCACUACUGAGGGUCAAAAGACCCCUACUGAAGGUCAAAAGACCCCUACUGAAGGUCAAAAGACCCCUACUGAAGGUAAAAAUACCCCUACUGAAGGUCAAAAGGCCACUACGGUUCAACCUACUCUCUACAAUACCAAGGACCACGACAAUAGUAUUCCCAAACCUGAUGAAUAAAAGCAAGAAAUGAGAAGGGCCCUACCCGGCUCAACCGGUCCAUUUAACACCCUAAUAACUUCAGUUCACCCGUCAAGAAAUGAGAAGGGUCCAUUUUAACACCAAGAAUAAAAUAAAGAGAUAUAUUUAUUCUAAGACACGAUCUUCUAAGAUAACCAGGAAGGAAUAAAGGGGAAUACA